AUGCAUGCAGUCGCACCAAGGGAAGUGGCAGUAGCCAUACCGGUCCAAGUCAUACCAUCUACCGCCUCCGCCCAAGCAGCUACAAUAGACAAUCUGCGAAUCUACCUGGUCUCGUCACGCAAGCAUGCCGGAAAGUUCGUCCUUCCAAAAGGUGGUGUAGAGCCAGGCGAGACAUCUCAACAAGCAGCCGUACGUGAGCUCUGGGAGGAAGCUGGUCUGGUCGUAGAAGCGCGGCCCUCAAGCUCGGGCUCAAUAUCACGCGCGACCCCUGCACUGCUGGCAGAAGACGAUCCAAAACCGCACAAGAAGAGCCCCGCUUCCGACGCCAAGCAGCCGGGUUUUGUUCCACGCGCUCGAAGCCGAAAAGCAGCUGGAAUGGAGAAAAGACGUUCACAAUAUCUUCAAGAAAUGGGCCGCUAA